AAAUUAGGGUUUAAGGGGGUUAGCAAUUAGCAUCACAUUUCUUCUUCACCAAAGUUUUGAUUUUUCUGCGAUUUUAGGGUCUGACGAGACGGCCGAAGAAAAUGUAGAGUUCUCCUUCUCUGUUUCGUUUUUUUUGUUGUACGAUUCAGAUUCUAAUUGUGAGAGUGGUUGAGACAUCGAGAGCGUGCUCCGUAUUCGAAUUUCGUAGUGGUUAAUCUCAUCAUCAUGUAUUCUCUGAUACUCCAUGGAAGACGCUCCAUUGAGUUACAAAAAUGGCGUAAGUUGGCAGAUUCAGCGAACCUUUUGCAAAAUGCGUUUGCUUUUUCCUCUGCUCGUGCCGUUGCUGAUGUGAGCCUUAGAGAUGGUCGAAAAGGUAAGAACUUUACAGUCUCUUACCUCGUUGGUUCAUUGGGUUUCACUACAAAGCUCGCUGAAUCAAUUUCGAGGAGAGUAAGCUUCGAGGUUAAUGGAAAUGCUGAUUCUGUUCUGAGUCUUUUUAGAAGUCAUGGGUUCACAGAUCCUCAGAUCUCUAGCAUCAUUAUGAAUUAUCCAAGAUUGCUUAUGGUAGAUGCUGAGAAAUCACUAGGUCCAAAGCUUAAUUUUUUGCUGUCCAGAGGAGCUUCAAGCUCUGAGCUCACUGAGAUCGUUUCUGAAGUUCCUAAGAUAUUGGGAAAGAAAGGGGAGAAAACUCUAGGCAGAUACUAUGAUUUCGUCAAAGUCGUUAUAGAAGCAGAUAAGAGUUCCAAUUUGAAAAAGAUAUGUCAUUCUUUGCCACAGGGUAGUAAGCAGGAGAACAAAAUCAGAAACGUUUUGCUUUUGAGAGACUUAGGUGUGCCUAAGAGGUUGUUAUUCCCAUUGCUCAUCUCUGAUGCUCAAGCUGUUUGUGGGAAAGAAAAGUUUGAAGAAUCACUCAAGAAGGUUGUUGUGAUGGGUUUUGAUCCCACCACUGCAAAGUUUGUCCAAGCUCUGCGCAUUGUUCAGGGAUUGAGCGACAAAACAAUGCUAGAAAAAGUCAAUGUUUAUACAAGGUUAGGCUUUGAUGGAUGGGAGAUGUUCAACAGGUAUCCGAUCUUUCUUGCACUCUCUGAGAAGAACAUAUUGAACUCCGUUGAAACGUUUCUAAGUCUAGGGUUCAGCAGAGAUGAGUUUGCCAAGAUGGUCAAGCACUUUCCUCCGUGCAUUGGAUUAUCCGCGGAGUUGGUUAAGAAGAAGGCUGGAUUUCUGGUAAAGAAGAUGAACUGGCCACGUACGACUCUGGUUUCACACCCUGCAGUACUUGGAUAUGAUAUGGAGAAGAGGAUUGUACCAAGGUGUAACGUGAUCAAAACUCUCAUGUCCAAAGGACUGCUUGGAGAAACAGGAAAUGAACUCCCUCCAAUUGGGUGUGUUUUAAAGAAUACUGAUAAGGAGUUCUUAAAUAGGUUUGUGAGGAAGUUUGAUGACCAAGAGCUUGUGGCUGAGUUGAUGACUAUAUUCACUGGAGAUUGUGCUUCAUAGAUCAGAAAGGCUAGCUAGUCAUAGGAUCUAAAUGUUAAUUUAUGGUUUCUUGGUGAAUCGUUUGUUGUUGAAGAAGUUUUGAAUCUAUGUGUUAUGUGAAACACACAAAUUUUGUGCUAAACGUUUUAGAAUUAAAAGGCUUCAAGAAUUAGAGAGAUAACAACACUGGCAAUUAUGGCCUUUGUAAACACAAUUUACUUCGCUUUGUUCAUUAUGAUAAGGUACA